AUGGCGGGGUCGACGCCCGUCAGCGUCCUGUACGACUAUGUCCCUACAGAGCCCGACGAGCUGGAGCUGCGCGCUGGCGACACGCUUCAAGUGCUCGCGUACCUCGACGACGGCUGGUGCCAGGGCUACGUCGAUGGCGCGCCGGACGACGUCGGUCUCUUCCCGUCCAACUACGUGCGCAAGAUCGAGCACAAGGUCGAGCACGCCAAGCUCAACUCGCAUCUGCCGCCAUUCCGGAGCAACCAGACCGACGUGCUAGAUCGUGUCCGCGCCCUGCACGACUACACUCCCCAAGAGGCGGACGAGCUCGAACUACACGCUGGCGAUAUUGUCGUUGUGACCAAAGAGCAGGACGAUGGGUGGUGUCUGGGGUACUUGGCCGCGAGCCCCAGCGUCGAAGGCCUCUUUCCAGCCAACUACGUGGCCCCCCUCCAAACCGGCAACAGUUCCAAAAGCAACAACAACAGCAGCGACGCCAGGCGCGACGAGACGUCGCCGCCAGCGACCGAGCACGAAGUGGACGAAGACCCCUAUUACAUGCGCAACCGGCGACCAAAAGAGGUCGCCAAGCCAAUGGACGAACCUGCACUCGACGAGCCACCACCGGUCGCCAGCGAGGCAUCCGCGUCGGAUGGAUACUACGACGCCAGAGGCUUCUACAUCACGGCAGCGGGGUACUACGACACGCAAGGCACGUUUUUCCCAGCGUCGACGCCGGCUGCAACAACAGCAAUGACAACAACCAAUGACAACGCCGCGGUCAGUGACGCCGCCGCGGGGUACUAUGACGAGUACGGCAACUACAUUGUCGACGGCGGCUAUUACGACACGGAAGGUCUCUUCCACGCCACUGCAAUAGCCGUCGAUGGAGCGAUCGAAGGCGAUCGCACAGCGCUACCACCAGCGGAAACUAGUGCGUUCGACGUCGCGUUGGCUUCCGAAGCCGACGAGAGUGCGGCCAUGCCCGACGCUUCAUCGCUGAUCGCAGUCGAGCCGAGCGCCGAGUAUGAUAACCCUGUGUGCGACGGCACCAUUUCAAUCCUGGACGGGAACGCCGAGGUACCCUCUUGGCCGCCCAGGUCCAUGGAUCUUCCAAGCGGCGUUGAGAAGAGCGGUGACACCGACAACGACGAAAACGAGGACGAUGAAAGUGGGAUCGGUGCCAAGCGUCAGUCGGUGCAGCAGCUCAAGCGAGCUCUGGAAAAGGCCAAGCGGGCAAGCGAGCGUGCCGAGCAAGCGCGUCUGCAGGCCGAGCGAGACAUGGAGUUGGAGCUCGAGACCCGACGCAAGGCGCUCCAGCGCCAGCUCGACGAAGAACAGGCCGCCAAAGCCGUGGAAGCGUCACUGCACGCCCAAAUGCACGCAGAGCUGCAGAGCACGCAAGAAGCGCACGCCGCAUCCACGAUCCUGCGAUCGUUACGUCAUCACACGUUUCGACAGCGCCACGCAGCGCAUGUGCGCGACAAGGCGCACAAGCGAGCGGAGCUGCAACGCCAACAACAGGCUUCUAUCAACGACCAAAAGCGACAGCGCGAAGCCCAGCGCCAGGCCGCCGCCCACGUCCUGCAGCGGUCGCUCCGCCACCGCGUCUUCAAACGCCGGGCGCAGCAGUCGCACGCCAAGUGGCAAGAGGCCAAGGCCAAGAAACUCAACCCCAAGCCGCGUCGGUACCACUCCAAAGUGCACGUGACGGCCGCCAACCGUAUUCAACGCGCGACACGCGACUACUUGGCGUGUAAGGAAGCCAAAGCGACUGCCAACGACCUCCGAAGCCGGCGAAAGGCCAAGGCGCCGGCCAAAGCAAGGGUCAUUCGGCCGCAAAAAGAGAGUCUCGUAUCCAGUGCCAGCACGCACAGUCUCUUGUACGCCUCGCGGAAUCCGUCGUCGUCUGAGCUUCCAGUGCUGGUGCCACUCUACGCGACGGACGUGGCGCAGAUCUCGCAGCUCGCAACGCUGAUUGCCAACUCAGUCAACCUCGAGCUCGGACGACGACUCGCCGAGCACGAUGCGCACCUUUCUGACCUCACAGCAUCCAUGCACACGCUGCAACACGUCAUUGAAAAGCACAAUGCAGCGCUGCAUAAGGUCUACGACCAAAACGAGCGCCUGCAAUAUACGCUCGACGCGAGUCCGCUGCGAAAGCGACAGGUGAUCGAUACCAAAGUCUCCCCGAUGCCGCUGAGCGCGGGCCCACCCGCGGCGCUCAAGCCGUUGCCUCCGUCGCCAAAGCACAUUGCUACCAAGCAGCACCGGCACCCGUCGCCAUUGAAGCCCGAACUUCCAUCCCCACCCAAGUCCUUUCUUCCGUCGCCGCCAAAACCUCGCGCUCUGUCGCCGCCAAGAGCUCGUGGUCCAUCACCAACAAAAUCGAUGGUCAAGCCCCCGCUUCGGUCGCCCCAACACCACACAAGAACCGCCGUCGUCAAGCCGUCGCCACCGUCGCCUCGGCAGGUGCACAAGCCGGUCGCACCGUCGCCGACGCAGCGAGUCGCCAUGGCGCCGUCGCCAAAACUUGUACAACCAAGCCCGACCAAGACCCGACUCCCGCAAUUGCGCGGUGUCAAGCCCGUCCAAGGACUCUACUACAAAAAAGCCAAAGCGACAAGCAACAGUGGCAAGAGCCCACCGCGCUUGCGGCCGCCCCAAGGCUUUAGCUCCAAGCUCAAAGAGCCGCCACGAUAGCUUGUCCACUGUAGAAAUCAAGUAGCAACCCAGUCGUUUUUGCCGCAGCUCUCGGUCGUAGCCGACACAUUGCCUAUCGUAGCUGGCAAGUUGUCUUGGGCGAUGCGUUGGAGCACGACGGCCCGAAUUCUCUUAUUUUUGAGAUAAAGUUGACAGGGCUGUUCUCAUUCAUCACCCAAUUCGUG